CCCCCUUUCACCGGUCGCCCUGUCGCUCGAUGCCCCCUGCUUUGCUUGUGGCGCUCCCGUUGUUCCCCCCCCCCUUCCCCUCCCCACCCUCGCUCCGCCUUGCCCGGUCACGCCGCCGCUGGUCCUUCGCUCUUCCCGACAUCAUGAACCCCCCGCCCGCCCUGUCGUACCUCGUGCCGGCGGCCGGCAAGUCGCACUACGGCCUGCCCGGCGAGCCGUUUGAAUCGCGGCUGCUCUUUGCGGCGGAGGUGGCGGCCUUCGCGCACCGGGGCCAGACCCGUAAGAACCGCCAGGCCGCGCCGUACAUCAACCACCCGCUGAAUGUGGCCGGGAUCCUGCUGCGCGAGGUGGGCCUCCUGGAGGAUGGUGACGCGUCCCGGCGCCCGGCGCAUGAGGAUGCGAUUUUGGCGGGCAUCCUGCAUGACGUGGUCGAGGACACGGACUUCACCCUGGACCACAUCCGCCUGUACUUCGGCGAUUCGGUGGCCAAGGUGGUCGACGAGGCCACCAGCAACACGGCCCUGUCGAAGUCCGAUCGCAAGCUUGACCAAAUCACGUCGGGCCCGAUGAAGAGCUACCCGGGGCGCCUGGUGAAGCUGGCCGACAAAGUGAGCAACCUGCGCGAUCUGCUGCUGGACCAGCCGCGGACCUGGAGCGCCGAGCGCGUGCUGGCCUACUUCGCCUGGUCGCACGCCGUGUGUGCCGGCAUGCGUGGUACGCAUCCCCGUCUGGACGCCCUGCUGGAUGACAUCUGGCAGAGCACCAUCACCCUGGAGGGGAGGGAGUUCCGCUGCUUCGACCCGGAGACCGCCGAGCGCCUCCGGAACAUCGGCAUCUACGGCUUCACCGAUGAGGGAGACCGCGCGGCGGCCAUGGCCGACCGGGCCCAGGGGAACUGAGCCCACAAGAGGGGCAUGCGCCCCUGCCGCGCGAGGCACCCCGACAAAUGGACCCCCCCCCCCCCGUUGA